CUCCUGCCACUACUCCUGCUGCCGCCGCCCUCUUUUCUCCCCUUCCUCAUCCCAAUGAAGAGCCGCCAUGGUGCUGGGGGCCCGGGCUCUGCGGGCCGCGGCGUUGCUACACUUCCUCUGCUUGCUGUGGGCGACUUUCGCCCUGAGCCAGAACAUAGGGCUGCCCAAGUCGGUCCGCAAGGCGCAGGACACCACCUACGGCGGACACUGGAAGCACCUGACCUUCCUCAACCAGGUCCUGCAGAACAUAUUGUAUAUACUGUGUACCACAAUUGAUACUGUAGCUCUGUGCAUCCCUUCGGAAGAGAAGACUGUGUCACGCGCCUUGGUGCCUAUCAGGGAUUUCAUCUUCUCAGCAUUUGUAUUCCCCAUUGGCUUGUUUGUAGCUGUUGCUUUCUGGGGCCUUUAUGCAUAUGACAGAGAACUAGUGUACCCUAAAGAGCUUGAUGACAUUAAUCCAAGUUGGCUUAAUCACUCUAUGCAUACUACAAUUCUGCCACUGCUAUUCAUAGAGCUGUAUAUAUGUCCUCACAAGUAUCCCAGUAGGAUUAAAGGAAUUUUUGGACUUGCCUUCUUUGCAGUUACAUACCUCGUCUGGAUAUUGUGGGUUCACUAUAAAUCUGGGAUUUGGGCGUAUCCAGUUCUAGGAGUUCUCAGUCCAGGUGGGAUGGUAAUAUUUUUCUUUGUCACUUUCAUUAUCAUGGUAACCUUCUACUUCCUUGGGGAACAACUAACAAACUGGCUGUGGGGUAAGUAA